CCUAACGACAUGUGUUCACCUGCGCUCUGUGACCAGUGAGAUGAUCCAGUGUGUGUGUUCUCUGUUAGACUGCUAGCAUGAUGUCCGGCCAGGAGGAGGAGGAGCUACCUGUCAAUCACACAGGUCCAAAGGGUGUAAUAAAUGACUGGCGGAGGUUUAAGUUGGACAGCUUGGAUCCGACUGUCCCUCAAAGCAAGAGAGAGCUGCUCAGACAAAUGUCCAGCCCAAGAGAGGAUGACAAGGAGAGACUCAACAGAAAGAUGAGUGCUCAGGAGUACGAAAUGAUCCAAGAGGAGGAUGAAGGUAGCCUGAAGCGCUACAGAACUCAGUCCAUGCAGGAGAUGCACGAGCGCCUGAGCUUCGGACCCGCGUUUGAAGAAGUCAAAGAACUUGAGUCUGGAGACGCCUUCCUAGAAGUCAUAGAGAAGGAACAUCAGAUGACUCUCGUGAUAGUCCACAUUUACCAGCACGGUGUCAAAGGCUGCGAGCAGCUGAACUCAUGUCUGGACUGCCUGGCUCUGGAGUACUCCAGCAUCAGAUUCUGCCGUAUUGAUGCUGUGGCUACAGGCGCUGCUGAGCGCUUCACCCCUGAGGUACUUCCUGCCCUGCUAGUGUACAAAGCUGGUGAGUCACUGGCUCAUUUCCUGGCUGUUACCAAACACUUCAAUGAAGACUUCUUCGCAACAGAUGUGGAAGGUUUUCUCAAUGAAUAUGGCCUGUUACCGAAGAAGGAGUUCACAGCAUGGGCUGAUGAUGAGGACGAAGGAGGGGAUGUGGAAUAA